AUGUAUUCAGUUCGCUAUAGACCAUACAAGACAAAUUCAGCAUUGUUAUUGGGGUAUUUAAUGCUCUCCACCACUGUACCAUUUAUGUUUUCCUAUAGAGAAACCAUGAAUUCACCUUUGAGCACAAAAGGGACAAUUAACGCACGAGCAUUAUUCAAUAAGAUUUAA